GCAGGCGCCGGAGGACGGAAGCCAUGGGUGACUGGGGCUUCCUUGAGAAGCUGCUGGACCAGGUCCAGGAGCACUCCACCGUGGUGGGCAAGAUCUGGCUGACAGUGCUCUUCAUCUUCCGCAUCCUCAUCCUGGGCCUGGCGGGCGAGUCGGUGUGGGGCGAUGAGCGGUCCGAUUUUGAGUGUAAUACGGCCCAGCCCGGCUGUUCCAAUGUCUGCUACGAUCAGGCUUUCCCCAUCUCCCACAUCCGCUACUGGGUGCUGCAGUUCCUCUUCGUCAGCACGCCCACCCUGAUCUACCUGGGCCACGUCAUUUACCUGUCUCGGCGAGAGGAGCGACUGCGGCAGAAGGAGGAAGAGCUACGGGCCCUGCCAGCGGAAGACCCACAGGUGGAGCAGGCACUGGCGGCCGUAGAACGUCAGAUAGCCAAGAUCUCCGUGGCAGAGGAUGGCCGCGUGCGGAUCCGCGGUGCGCUGAUGGGCACCUAUGUGGUCAGUGUGCUGUGUAAGAGCAUGCUAGAGGCCGGCUUCCUCUAUGGUCAGUGGCGCCUCUACGGCUGGACCAUGGAGCCCUUGUUUGUGUGCCAGCGUGCACCCUGCCCCCACGCCGUGGACUGUUUUGUCUCCCGGCCCACAGAGAAGACCAUCUUCAUCAUCUUCAUGCUGGUGGUCGGCCUCAUCUCCCUGGUACUCAACCUGCUGGAGCUGAUGUACCUGCUCUGCCGCUGCCUCCGUCAGGGAAUGAGGGCACAGCAGGGCCAGGCUGCACGCCCAGCCCAGGGCAUGUCCUCAAACUCUUACCCUGACCAGGGCUUUUUCUACCUCCCUAUGGGCAAGGUGCCUUCGUCCCCACCAUGCCCCACCUGUAAUGGGCUCUCAUCCAGUGAGCAAAACUGGGCCAACUUGACCACAGAGGAGAGGCUGGCUUCUUCCAGGCCUCCCCCAUUCCUGGACCCACCCCCCCAGAGUAGCGAGAAAUCUCCCAGUCCUCCCAGUACCUGUGCUUCCAAGAAGCAGUAUGUGUAGGGGCCUCGGGCUUAUGUCACUCAGCAGAGGUGUCCUGAGAAAUUGUCAGGCUGCCCCCUCCUGGAAGGUUCUGCAGAGGCAACUGGAUGGAGGAAGUAGGUGCUUGCUGGCCAAAGGGCCUCCUGGAAGGUGGCUGUGGAACUCUAGGGGCUUCCUGGGGACCAGAGAGCACUAUGGCUUCUUCCGUCAGUGUCCGCUCAGGGUACUCUUGACCAAGGUGUUGCAGGACCAUUUCCACCUGAUCCCGAGGGAUCCCGAGCCAUCUUACCCCCACCACUGUGGAAGCAUUGGCAGGGCUGGUGCCAGAUCCAGCCCUGUCCAGAGGACUAGUGCCUUGUUUUCAUCACCCCUUCCUAGUUCCACUGUUUAUGCUUCUAAAAUAAACAGGACUUGAUCACAAGUGGGGUGCUUAUUGAUGCUGUCAUGAUGUGCCUCGGGGCAAUGUUGGAGAGACAGUUAUUUUGCCCAGGUUUCCUUUUCUUCAGUCCUGCAAAGUCCAUCACAGGUCUCUGCAGCCUCAGCUCCAGCUAGCAUCUUAAACCCUCAAGCACCAGCAUUCUGUCUCUCAGCGGCUCUGACUCUUAACCAUUUCACCUUUGAAAUGCUUGCACGCACCUUUUCUUUCCCACCUAGGACCUGAUGAUCAACCUGCUCAUUCAUUAGUGGCCAAAGUAGUGUUCCUUCCCCCAUCUGGCCCCUGCAACGCACUCCCUUACUGGACACCUUCCUCCCAGGAAUGUCCACCAGACAAGGCAGACAGAGUCCAAUUCAAAAAACCCCGUGUUCCCUGCACCCACCUCACCUUGCCAUGGGCCCCUUGGGGUUACAGAAGGGAGGUUUAGGUCACUUGCCCUCCCCACCUUGGCCCUUUCUAUCUGCCCACCACUCAAAGGUCUGCAUCACAGCUCCUCUCCCUGUAUCUGAAACUCAAGGGGAGAAUGGACAAAGGCAGCCCGGAGUGCCCUUCCUCGACACUUACAAACCCAGCAGUACCUUAAACAUUAGUGGCUCUGGAAGAGGCAGAGCUGGGGUGCAAAAGAAAAGAGUACAGUGAACUUUGGUAUCAGAAGAUCCUGGCCUGAAGUCAAUCAUUUCCCCUCUCUGAUUCUUGUUUUCUCAUCUUAAAUGCCUGCCUCACAAGGGAUGAGAAAUAAGCAAAAGUCUAUGACUAUGCCUGACUCAUAAUAGUCAAGCAGUAAAAUUCAGGGUACUUUGCAGCAAUACUAUGUAGAUCAUCUCCUAGGAAGCUCUUUGACUUCUCCAGCCAUAGCCCCUCUACCUCUCAGAAUCUGGACUCCUGCUUAGUGUAUGCUUGUCUCAGUGAGUCCCUAAAUACUGCCAGGGAAACACUUGCAUUCCUCAAGGCCCAACCCAGCAUGAGCUCUGACUAUGAAAUAAGGAAUUGGGACAGACUUGACAGAAAGGAGGUAGUUCACAUCUUGAAGGGGCAUGGACCCAGAAGGCUGAGGGCCCCUUUGAAAGGAACCCUAGGCAGGAAGAGAGCCCAGAGGUUGUGGUCUCUUGGAGCCCUCCUUACUUGAGGACCCUGGGAGCCUGUGUUUCCAGUAUCCAACCUGUCCUAGCUUGUAAAGGUGGAGGGAGAAAGGUUUAAGUGAGAGAAGAGGAUGUCCUUUCCCUCCUCACAACUUACCCACUCUACUUUGAGCUUGAUGUAGGGCUAAAGGUCAGUGGGUCUGGACAUUUGAAGUGACCCAGACUGGUGGCCACACACACACAAAGGAAAAUGGGCUGGGACUUAAAGGUGAGGCCAGUGUAGUUUGGGGGGUUGAAAUGAUUUGGGGAGGAACAGUACAUCAUGAAAAUUGCGGGGGAGAGUGGCUGAGAGCUCCAUCUCACCUGCCUUAGUUUGCUAGAGCUGCCAUAACAAAGUACCAAAAGCUGGGUGGCUCAAACAUCAGAAAUGUAUUUUCUCUCAGUUCUGCAGGCUACAAAGUCCUAGAUCCAAGGGUGUGAAGGGCUGGAUUCCCCCAAGGGCUGUGAGGGAGAAUGUGUUCCAUGUAUCUCUCCUGGCUUCUGGGAGAUUUCUGGCCAUCCCUUGCUUUUCUUAGCUUCUAGAAGCAUCUUUUCUAUCUCUGCCUCUAUCUUCACAUGAUGUUCUCCCUGGGUGAAUGUCUGUCUCUGCAUACAAAUUUCCCCUGCUCAUAAUAAUAAUAGUCUUGGUGCUGGGGAUUCAGCUCAGUGGCACCAAGCCUGCCUCUCAAGCUCAAGGUCCGAAGUUCAAUCCCCAGUACCAAAAAAAAAAGUCUUACUGGAUUCGGACCAAUGAUUUCAAAUUAAAGACAUUCUUCCCAAACAAGGUUAUAUUCGGAGGUACUGUAAUUAAGACUUCAGUUGGGGGGCAUAAUUCAACUAUACCCCAACCCCACCGGCCCCCACUCCAAACUCUUCUCAGGCUGAGGAGAAUGGGAAGGUAUAGGUUGAACCCGGGAUCGCCCUGGUGGCAGGGUCUUGGUGGAACCCAGCAGGUUUACAUCUCUCUCCUUCCUCUGCUCCCUUCCUCCUACUACCAGCCUGUUCCUGACCAUUACCAAAGGCUAAGCCUAAGCUCUCAGUCACAGACCAUCCAUCAACCACUGCAUCUUCUGGAGUUUGGAGACUUUGGUUCCUACUUCCCUCCCUUCAUACUCCCUUGACAAUGGUUCUUUCCAUUCUCUGUGCCUCAGUUUCCCCACUGUAAAAUGAAAGGGUGGGUAAAAACCAGGGCCAUUAAGUAGGGGGGUCACUGCACAGAGAUUUGCCACUAAUCACUGGUUCAAAGCGCAUACUGAUAUGCUAUUCUUCACGAAUCAGAAGGGAUUCAAGGUUAUUUCUAUAAAAAGAUCAGUUCCAGUCACUUGAAUUUGCAUUGCCUUCCUGAGUAGGAAAGAGAGGCAUGAGGUUAUGUGGAGUGCACUGGGAAUUUUGCAUAACCCAAGGUCAUCUUAUCUGUGACCCAUGGGAGCAUGUGAAUGUCGUGGGCUGCACAUAAACAAGGCAGAUGUCAAACAAGGGUGAUGUCAAAACUUCUUCCCAAAGUAACGUUCGGGUCUACAAGUGGCUGGGCUGCUCACCUUAUGGUUCUACCACUGAUCUCCAGUACCUUGGCUGGGUGAUCUUUAUUUCCUUCUUGCAGAAUCCCUCGCAGAAUUGCCAAAACAUCUUUUUCUCCCUUUAAGCUUUCCUUACAAAUCUUGGUUCUGACCCCAGGAAGCCAAUGACACUCAGCUGUCCUGUCCCUCAAGUCAGGCACUGCAGUCACGUGGUUCCUCCAGCUGACCCUGAUUCUCAGAAGUCUCUGGCCAACCUGCAAUUUAUCUACUUUCCUCUUAACAUGAGCAACUCAUGUGUGCUGGAUGUGAUGAUCCAGAUUAUCAGAACGCAGAUGAUCGCCUCUUGCCCCCAAAUUUCUACCUCUGUUAAUCCAAGCUAGAAUGACACCAACUUUUCUAUUUUCUUCUCUUUUUCAUAAAUGGAUUUUUUUUUCAGAUUUUAAAGGCAAUGCAUGAUCAUUGUAAGCAAUGGGCGCUACCAUCCAGCGGUAACAUCUGUUAAUAGUUAGAAGUGGGUCAGGGACUUAGCUUAGUGGUACUGUG